AUGGCUUUCUUCAAGACCUUCCAGAACAAUCUCCCCACCGUCAACAUCUCCUCCAUCUUGGACUCGGUCAGCAGCCGCGUGGACGACAUCGCCAACAGCGUCAGCGAUGCCACCUACGCCGUCAGCGACCAGCUCACCGAGGGAGUGACCACCAUCGUGAAAAAGGUGCAGGACGUCGAAGAGGGGGACGGCGCCGGGGGCAGCGCGGGGCAGGACGGCGCCUCGGGUUCCGACGGGAAAGCUCGGAGCAAAAGCAUCUGGCAAAUCGGCGGGAACAACGAACCGGAGAGCCAAGGCGGCGGGGGGGACAACGACUACGCUCCCAGUCAGCUGGAAUGGGAGUGGAGGGACGGGUGUUGGCGGGUGAAGCGCACGGAAGCCGAGCUGGCGGAGGAAGAGAGGAAGAAAAAAGAAAAACAAGAGCUGGAGGAGAAGAGGGAGCAGAAGAGGAAGGAACGCCAAGCCAAGCGGAUGGAAGCCCAAAAGCAGAAGAUGCAAGAAGGAGGAGAGAGAGAAGGCGAGGCGGAGGAGACGGAGAGCGUGCUGCUGCAGGACGAUAAAGUGUCCGAGGGUCAACCGCAAGAGAGCGAGAAGGAGGGAGAGGAGGAGUGCGCCGCGGAGGAGAGCGAGAGGAAGAUGUCCAAGGGAGAGGAGGAUGAGGCGAAGGAUGAAGAAGAGGAGGAGGAGGAGGUGGAGGUAGAGGUGUCCAAGACGAAGAAAAAGAAGAAAAAGGCCGAGAAGAAGAAGAAGAAGGGGGAAAAAGAGGGAAAGAAAGAGAAGGAGAAAGAGGAGGAGCGAGAGAAGGGCAAGAAGAGAAAGAAAAGUAAAAAGAAGAAAGGCAAAGAGGGGGCAGCGUCGGACAGCGAGGGUGAGGAGGGUGAGGAGAGGACCCCAGAGCCCAUGGCCCAGCAGAGGGCGUCAGCCUGGGGGACAAAAGAGGAGCAGGAGGGCUACAGCAGCGAGGCGUCCACCACCAUCCAGAGAAUCCACAAGGACGCCUCCCUGAACGAGCUGCAGCCCCCGCCGUACCCGGAGCAGAGAAAGACCUCCUCCACGUCCUCGCGCUCCAACAGGGGGCGCAGGAGAGUCUCACACGCCCAGCACGGCUCCAGCCAGGCCAGCGAGGAAGAGGAGGAGGAGGAGGAGGAGCCGGACACAGAGAGCUACCUCAACAAGGGCUGUGACGAGGACAUACCCAGUGACAGCACCGCCGUCCUGGGGCAAGAGGACGGCUCUGUGCCCCCCCUGCCCGCCGCCUACGAGCCCGAGCCCAUGGCCAAGUACGGCACUCUGGACGUCGCCUUCGAGUACGACUCCGGCGAGCAGUGGUUGGCCGUCACCGUCACCGCGGCAACGGACAUCCCCGCCCUAAAGCAAACCGGGAACAUCGCCUGGCAGGUUCAUCUGGUCCUGCUGCCCACCAAAAAGCAGCGCGCCAAGACGGGGGUGCAGAAGGGUCCCUGCCCGGUCUUCACGGAGACGUUUAAGUUCUCGCGGGUGGAGCAGGACGCGCUGGGGGACUACGCCGUCAGGUUCAGGCUCUACAGCAUCAGGAGGAUGAAGAAGGAGAAGGUUCUGGGCGAGAAGGUCUUCCAUCUGACCAAGCUCAACCUGCAGGGCAAGAUGGCUCUGCCCGUCACGCUGGAGCCCGGGUCCGAGGCCACGGGCUGUGGUUCGGUGGUGAGCGUGUCCCGCAGUGGUGGAGCUCUGUCGUAUCGCUCCACAGAGGACACGUGUCUGCCCGAGAUCCUCCUGGGCCUCCUGUACAACUCCACCACCGGACGUCUGUCUGCAGAGGUGAUCCAGGGCAGCCACUUCAAGACCUCGGCCACAGACAAGCCCAUGGACGGUCUGUUUUGUUGUGUCAAACAUUUUGUGGGUGGACAGCUGUAUAUCAUGAGAGACACUUACGUGAAGCUGGUCAUGCUGGACUCGAAAGGCAAAGAGAUGUCCAAGUGCAAGACCGGGGUGUGCCGAGGCCAGCCCAACCCCACCUACAAGGAGAGCUUCGUGUUCCAGGUGGCCCUCUUCCAGCUGUCCGAGGUCUCCCUGGUGCUGUCGGUGUUCUGCCGGAGGAGCACCCUGAAGCCCCGCGAGAGGCUGGGCUGGGUGUCGCUGGGCCUCAACAGCACCAGCGACGAGCAGCUCAGCCACUGGACCGAGAUGAGGGAGGCCGAGGGGCAGCAGGUGUGUCACUGGCACACGCUCACGGACACAUAG